UCAAAAAUCAAAGAGAGUUCCUUAUAAUAAAAAUAGUGAGUCCUAACCUACCGCUACUAGGACUACUACUUUGUCCGUUAAAUUGAAUUUGGACCAUCUCACUGCAAAAAGUCUUGCAUGUACGAGUUCUUUCAUUUUGGUUGAAAUCAUCAUCUUCCUCGGAAUGUUCUUCUUUUUCUUGAACUUAAUUUUGAGUGAGUAGGUGCAAGAUAUACUGGGAAUUUUUUUGCAUAUUCACUAGAUCACCAGCUAUUGCCAGGGAUUUCAUUUUCUCUCAAAUUCAACAGAUCACUUGUUGCCAUAGCGUUCAUUCUCUCCAAAAAGAUCUGAGUCGUUGCACAGACGUCAGGGGUCAACCACGCCAAAUUUCUAUCAGUUCACACACAUAUUAACAAGUGUGAUGCAACCAGUGUAUACACAGAAGAGCAAGAAAAAAGCUGCAUCUUUUCUAUUCCAUCUCGCAAUUUCCAUACAUGGCUGCUUUUUUGUUCUUCGUUCUAUCAUCAGCAUUCUAUUCAGGAAUAGCAGCUCAACAAAGCCCUCUUAACAUUAGCGUAGGUUCUUCUCUAACGCCCACAGGCAACUCAUCAUCAUGGUUGUCGCCAACCCGAAUAUUUGCUUUUGGAUUCUAUCAGCAACGCAAUGGCUAUGCUGUGGGGAUUUUUCUUGCUGGAAUUCCUGAAAAGACUGCAGUUUGGACUGCCAACAGGGAUAACCCCAUUUUUUCGAGCAAUGUUUCGCUGAUUUUGUCUACAGAUGGCAGGCUCAUUUUGCAGCUGCCAGAAGGCCAAGACAUAACAGUUGUUGAUCCUUUGGAACCCAUUUCAUCAGCUUCUAUGUUGGAUUCUGGAAAUUUUGUGUUAUACAAUUCUGAUAAGGAAAUCAUAUGGCAAAGUUUCGAGCAUCCGACUAAUAGUUUAUUGCCUCGUCAGCAAUUGAUACCCGGUCAGGAGCUGAUCUCCAGUGCUUCAGAAACUGAUGAUUCAAGAGGAAUUUUUCGUCUUUUAAUGCAAACAGAUGGAAACCUUGUACAGUACCCAGUGGGAGCAGCAAACGGACCGGAAAAUGCCUAUUGGGUCUCUGAAACAUAUGGACACGGUCCAAAUGUAACUCUAAAUCUCGAGGAUGAUGGACAUCUCUACUUCAUCAAUUCAAGGGUUAAUAUAGUGAAGAAUCUUUCUGAUGGAGGACAUCGUAAGAACGAGAUGAUCUAUUUGAUGAAGAUUGAUGUGGAUGGUAUUUUCCGAUUGUAUUCACAUUCGAUAGAUCAGGGGGGCAAUUGGUCGAUCAUAUGGGAAUCUUCAACUGAUAAGUGUGAUCCUAAAGGCCUUUGUGGGUUCAAUAGCUUCUGUACUAAACCUGAUAACUUGGUCGAUUGCAAAUGUCUUCCUGGAUUUCAGUUUGUCAAUCAAGGAAAUUGGAGGUUGGGCUGUGAGAGAAGUUUUGUUACAGAUAGUUGUAAUUCCACGGAUUCAAAUGUCAACUAUACCAUUGAAUUCUUGGAAAAUACUGUAUGGGCAGAUUACACCUUUUCCAUUGUGAACACAAGCACGAAAGAUGAUUGUGCAAAGGUUUGUCUGGAAGAUUGCAACUGCGAAGCAGCAUUCUUCAAAGAUGGACAAUGCAAGAAGCAGAAGCUCCCAUUGACAUAUGGAAAAAGAGAAACUGACUCGAAUAUUGCUCUUGUCAAGGUCCACAAACGUGCAACUAUAGAUGAAGGUGUAAUUCCAAGUAAUCCUCUAAAAUGCAGAAAGGAAGAAGUUCGUGUCUAUGUCCUAAUAAUUGGGAUUUCCCUUGCUGUUCUUGCAGUUCUGAUAUCUGUAUUUGCUGGACUUUAUGUUCAGAAAAAUCGGGCAGGGGCCCAUAAACAAAUACUGGGAAAGGGAAAUGUCGAAUUUGUUGAGAAUGUGGCUCCAAGGGCCUUUACCUUUGCUGAGCUGGAGCAGGCAACAAAUGAAUUCAGAGAAGAGUUGGGCAAAGGAGCAUUUGGGACUGUGUACAAAGGGAUUUUGCCAAAUUCCAAGAAGAUUGUGGCCGUGAAGAAACUUGAGAAAGGAUUAGCAGAAGGGGAAAGGGAGUUUCAGAACGAAAUCUCAGUGAUUGGGAAAACGCAUCAUCGUAAUCUCGUCCAGCUACUUGGAUACUGCCUUGAUGGAGCUAAGAGGCUUCUAGUUUAUGAGUACAUGCGCAAUGGAUCGUUGGAAAAAAUCCUGCACAAACCAGAGAAUCAUCCAAGCUGGGACGAAAGAAUGAAAAUUGCCUGUGACAUUGCUAGAGGUAUUCUUUACUUACAUGAAGAAUGUGAGACACAAAUCAUCCACUGUGACAUCAAACCUCAGAAUGUACUCAUGGAUGAAAGCAGAUGUGCCAAUAUUUCUGAUUUUGGAUUGGCAAAGCUGUUGAAAAAUGAUCAAACCAGAACUUAUACAGGAGUAAGAGGAACAAGAGGCUAUGUUGCACCAGAAUGGUUCAGGAACUUGCCUGUGACAGUUAAAGCAGAUGUUUACAGCUUCGGAAUUAUGCUGUUAGAAAUCAUAUGCUGCCGAAAAAGCGUAGACUGUACCAGUCCUGAGAAUGAAGCAAUUCUUGAAGAAUGGGCUAAUCAGUGUUUUGAGGCUGGAGAGCUAUAUAAAUUGGUUGGUGAUGAGGAGGUUGAUGACGUGAGAGAACUGGAAAGAAUGAUCAAGAUAGCUCUUUGGUGCAUCCAAGAAGAGCCGGCACUUCGUCCAUCCAUGAAGAGAGUUCUAUUGAUGCUAGAAGGAACUGGUGACAUUCCAAUUCCUCCCAGCCUUCCAUCUUUUUCAAGUGUCUUAUAAUUGUAAUUUGUUGUUUUGGUAUUUUUCUAGUUUCACAUCUUAUCUAUUUUAUGAAAUAUGAACUUCAAUGUUGGACAAAUA